AUGGCUAGCUCACUUCCUACAGUUCUUAUCUUGGGUCAUUCGUUUGUGCGAAGGCUGAGUUCAGACCUUAGAUCCAAUUUUGAUGCCCGUGCUACUGAACAUUUUAAUCUUAUGGGUGACGCCAUAAUUCACUUGCAUGGCGUGGGCGGUUGUACUGUGAAGAAACUUCGCCUUUACGACCUCGGUGUUGUUUCUGCUCUAAAACCUGAUGUUAUUAUUCUUGAAAUAGGCACUAAUGAUCUUGUUGGUAACCGUCCCGAGGUCGUCGGUUCUGAGAUCGAUGAUUUGGUUCAAUUGCUGCUCCAAUCGUACUCUGUACGAGUCAUCGGUGUUUGCAAGGUGAUACCUCGUGUUCGACCGCCGUUCUCCAACGUCGCGGCACCGAUCCUCAACCAACAUCUCACUGAUGUUCUAGAGCUUUGUCCCAACGUUUUUCCCUGGCGCCAUACGGGC